AUGCAGUCCGGCAACCCCAACUUCUCCACGGGCUCCUCCCACUUCACCACCGCCAGCUGCAUCGUCUUCGUCGGCAACAUCCCCUAUGAAGGCCUCGCCGAAACGCAGCUCACCGAGAUCUUCAAGUCCGUCGGCCGCGUCGUCUGCUUCCGCAUGGUCUACGACCGCGAGACCGGCCGCUCAAAGGGCUACGGCUUCGCCGAAUACAUUGACGCCGAGACCGCCGCCUCCGCCGUCCGCAACCUCGACGGCUACGACGUCAUGGGCCGCAAGCUGCGCGUCGACUACUCCUCGCAGGGCUAUGUAGGCAAAGAGGGAUACCCAGGCAGAUCAGACAACGCCUCCAAAGACACCGCCGCCGCCGCUGCUGCUGCAAUUGCUGUUGCUGCUGCCAAUAAAGAUGGCGGUAGCACUGGAAACAACAUGUACCCCAUGGGCGACUACGCCGACAUCCGCACCUCCUACAACCCCGACACCGGCUACGCCGCCCACAGCAGCAGCCACAACGGCAGCGACAACGGCCGCUUCACCCACGACCCCAACACCAACCCCACCCACACCGAGCACGCCCACCGCUUCGGCCCCAACCUCACCCACAUCACCCUCACCUCUCCCACCAGCGAAAGCGCGCCCAGCCCCUCCGCCGCCCUGGCAGCCUUCAUCGGCUCGCUCCCCCAGGGCGUCGACAACCACCCGAAUCUCAGCACCACCGACUCCAUCUCCAAGACGCUGUCGCAGAUCCCGGCACCCCAGCUCCUCCUGGCGCUCGGGCAGAUGAAGGAUCUGAUCGCAACGGACCCCGUAAAGGCCGCCGAGACGCUGCGCUACUGCCCGCAGCUUGCGCAUGCGCUGUUUCAGGCCAUGGUGCUCAUGAACCUUGUUAAGCCCGAGGUAGUCUCGCAGGUGCUGGAGGCUAGUACGCCCGCGUACACCACUGCCGCCUCCGCCGCCGCCGCUGCUGCUGCCAACAACCAGCUACAGAUUCCACAGCAACAGCAGCAGCAGCAGUUUCAGCAGAACCUGAUACAGCAGCAAUACCUCCUCCAGCAGCAGCAGCAACAGCAACAACACAUGCGCCAGACCACUCCCCAGCAGCAGCAGGCAUUCUACAACGCCCACGCCCACGCCCACAGCUACCCCUCCCCACUCCCCAUGAACAUGAACCUCUCCGAAUUCCCCGAGUUCCUCGCCGCCCAGCAGCACCACCAGCAGCAGCAGCAAAUGCUACACAUGCAGGCAGCGGCGGCGGGGCAGCAGCAACAACAGAUGCACGUCGUGCAGCAGAUUCAAGCCGCCGCUCAGGCCGCACAGGCUGCACAAGCACAGGCACAGGGACAGGAUACGGCAGCGGAGGAGAAAGCGGCGCUGCUGCAGAGGGUCAAGAUGUUGACGCAGGAGGAGAUUGCAAGGCUGCCAGCGGAGCAGGCGAAGCAGGUUGUGAUGCUGAGGCAGAGGUUGCUGGCGGAGGCGCCGGCGGCUGCGGGGGCUGCGGGGGGCAGCAGCAGUAGUGGGGGUGGGGUUUGGGUUUGGGUUUGGGUUUGGGUUUGA